AUGGUGUGGAGGAGGAAGAGCGGGGGCGGCGGCGACUCGCCAGCCGGCGCCUCGCCGUGCCGCCGUGACGACGGCGAGUGCUACAAGGUCCCGAGGGGGCACGUCCCGAUGGUCGCCGCCGGCUGCGGCGGCGACGACGGCGGGGAGCGCGUGAUGGUGCCGGUGAUGCUGCUCGCCGACCCGUGCGUCGCGGAGCUGCUGGACAUCGCGGCCCAGCAGUACGGGUUCGGCCAGCCGGGCGUGCUGCGGGUCCCCUGCGACGCCGGCCAUGUCCGGCGAGUCGUCGAGCGCGCUCUGCGGAAGGGCGGUGGCCGGCCAGCAUGAGACCUGACAUGUCGUCGUGCUGUGUACGUAGGUAGGGAGAUGUACAAGGUCAAGGUGUCUGGUGUAAUUCUUUGAUUGAUCAAAUUUUUUAUACUGAUUCUGCUAUAUGGAAAUGGUGAAUAUA